AUGACCUUUCAAUUUAGUGUUAAUAAAGUUAUUAAUGAGCUCAUAAAUAGAAGUUAUGAAGAAGCAGACAUUCUCAUUUUAAGAGUUUUGGCUUCAAGUGGUGUUUUUAGCCACUUAACCUAUUUUCUGGCUGCUGGUGCUGUUACUUUGGGAAUUGGUUUCUUUGCUUUGGCAUCAGCUUUGUGGUUCCUGAUUUGCAAACGAAGAGAAAUAUUUCAAAAUUCCAAAUUUAAAGCAACUGAUGAGAGAUGCAGGCAAAGACCAUCAAAGGCGAAGAGUAAAUCUCAUGCUCAGUGUGUUUUUAUUUCUCGAAAUUUUCAUACUGGAAGAUUCCAAUUACAGGAGGAGCAAAGAAAAAAGGAAACAGCACGUAUAAAAGCAAUUAAAGAGCACUCUAAAGAUGAAUUCUGCCUUGCAACAAAAAAGGUCAUUUGUGACCCCCCAGAGUCCAGCUCGGCAACGAAUCGCAGCAGUGUUACCUUAGGCUUAUCAACAUUACCAUCUGAUUCUCAUUACAGCCAAAGCUUAGAAGCAGCUGAUGACUGGUUUUCUGACGAUUCUCUAGCAAAAAAGAGCUCUCCAGUGCCUUUUCUCAGGGAACCUCUAAUGGAAAAAGUAUUUUCAUACCUGUCAACCAUUUCAUUAGAAGAAUGUACUGAAAAUGUACUGAAUAUGUCACUUUAUGAUGAUCAAAAAGAUGACAGCAUUAAGGAAGUAUUUUCACGAGGAAAUACAGAGGUUGAAAUACAAAACCUUCAACAUAAUGUUGAAUGACUUUUUUCUUUUGAAACUUUGUAUACACUGAAAUCAUGUAAAGUUAAAACUGAAUUACCAGCUUCUGAGUCUCUUAACAUGUCCAUGCUAAUAUUGUUUUUUCUGUUCUUUACCAUAGAGCGGUCCUACUUCCCUUGCCAUUUCUUAUUUCUAGAAACAAAAUUACAAGACCUAGAGUGAUAGGAACAUUAAGCCUAACUCCUUGUAUCUCAUCAAAGGACAUAAUAAAUAAUACAAAUGUAUUUCAACAUCAAGGAGAAAUUCUUUAAGAAAUCUUCAGUACAAAUACAUUUUUGAAUAAAACAUUCACAGCAUUUCCUUAUACUUUUGACAUUUUCAAUUUUAUUUCAAUGUGGGUAGGGCUGGACAGAAUACUUCCAUCAGCUUUUCUGGAUUUUAAAUACAAAAAUCACCUACCAUUCAAAUCUUAUUAUGUCAUGAUUUUGGUAAGCAAUAUAAUUUUGCUCCUCUAGGAGAGCCUGGAACACUGUGAAGAAUCCAGAAAACAAUUUUCUUUGCCCUUUCCUAUGUCAGUUUCUCAGAAUGGGCCCCCAACCCUUACCCUUCUAUGAUGAAAAUGUGAGCCGCUAUGUUCAUGCGCACCUGACUCAAGCUCGAUGAAUCAGAGUUCCUCUCUAAUCUGAGACCCUUGAUCAAAUUUCUAUUCAUGGUUCUGAGGGAUUUCUGACAUCUACUAUAUAAUUAAUAUUUUUUCCUUUCUCCUAAAUACUCUCCAUGUAAUUAGUCUCCAUUUUUCUUUCUCUUGGGGAAAACAAUUAAUUAACAAAGUAUAAUAUUACCUUUUGUGCUUAAAUUACUCAUACCAAUAUUUGUGCUUAACUUCCCAAGAAAUAAAUCAUACCUAUUACAAUAAAUGAAACGAAACUUGUCUCAAAUAAGAUAGUAGCAUUAUCCAGGCCUAUCAUUUCUGUCUGGGGGGAAAUAUUAAAAAGGAUUAGAAUACCUCUCUCGUUUGAAGCACCUGUCAUUUCUACUGGCUGUGUGUUGUGAGAACAUCUUAUGGAUUGUGAGAACAUCUCUCUAUAUCCACUCCUAAAUCUAAAUAAGCUAUUUCAGAUCAAGGUCUGUAAGGAGCAUUAAAAACAAUUUUAAUUGGUCUCUGUCUCUUGGUGUCCUACCAACUUCUGUCUUACUGCCUAUCCUAGAUAAGAGAGUCCUCUCUAAUUUUGGUCAGAUCCUAAAACUUCUCUAGGAAUUUGGAGUUGGAGAUAAGAGAUUCUAGCUUUGGUCUCACUAGUCUCUGGAAUAGAUGAAACAUAAAUUGGGGAGCUGUGGGCUGCCAUGUCCCACCUUUUGGUUUGGAAAUAAAAAACAGCAAAUCUACAAUGAAAGUUCAGUGAAGCAUUUGCAAAGUGAAAAGCAGAGAUGAGAGAUCAGGAGAAUGUGAUUCCUGACUUUCUAAUAGUGCUCCUUUCCCUUGUUCCAGCCCUGCAUAAAGCCUGCCCUUGGCUUGGUAAGGCUCCUUUGUAUCCUAGUUAUAAAUACCUGUUUAUGCUUAAGUUAGCAAGAUUUGAUUUCUACUCCUGGCCACCAUCCCUGAGGCCUGUUUUUAACUGUUGUUCUUGGCUUUGGUAAGGUACUCUUGUAAUUUUAUAAUGAAUUAUCCUUUUUGUAUAAACUAGAAAGAGUUUUGUUUCUGUUACUAGAAUCAAAGCAUU